GGCCCUGACAGGACAGAAAGCGCUGCCUAGCGCGGCACAGCAAUUCCUCAAUAGGCUACGCCUGCCGCGUUCAAACUGUCCAAUCAAGCAGGAGCCGCUGUUGUAGCGCUGUGAACCAAUCAGGUUUAAGGAUACUGCGUAGUGAGACAGUUCAAACGGGCAGACUAAACGGCGGAGGAUCUGGGUGGCCCGGAGUGCCGGGUGUAUCGCGAUAAGAGCUCGCAGCUACGAGGAAGCAGAUCUGUUUAGUGCACUGAGAGACACUGGGAAGUCAUCAUGGGGGACGACAGCGAGUGGAUGAAGCUUCCUAUUGACCAGAAAUGUGAGCACAAGGUAUGGAAAGCCAGAUUAAAUGGUUACGAGGAGGCUAUGAAACUGUUCCAAAAGAUUGUGGAUGAGAAGAGCCCAGAAUGGCCCAAGUAUCUCGGCUUAAUCAAGAAGUUUGUCACAGACUCAAAUGCUGUUGCCCAAUUAAAAGGCCUGGAGGCUGCACUCGUGUACAUAGAGAAUGCACAUGUCGCUGGAAAGACUACUGGGGAGGUGGUGUCAGGAGUUGUGAACAAAGUAUUCAAUCAGCCAAAAGCCAAAGCAAAGGAGCUUGGUUCUGACAUCUGCCUGAUGUACAUAGAAAUAGAGAAGGGAGAGACUGUUCAGGAGGAGCUGCUGAAAGGUCUGGAUAACAAGAAUCCAAAGAUUGUGGUUGCCUGUGUGGAGACCCUGCGGAGAGCCCUGAGUGAAUUUGGUUCCAAAAUAAUGUCCCUGAAGCCAAUUAUUAAAGUGUUGCCAAAGCUUUUCGAGUCUCGAGAGAAGGCGGUUCGCGAUGAAGCCAAGCUCCUUGCUGUGGAGAUCUAUCGCUGGAUCAGAGAUGCUCUGAGGCCACCUUUGCAGAACAUUAAUCCAGUACAGCUUAAAGAGCUAGAGGAGGAAUGGGUGAAGAUUCCACAGUCUGCCCCAAAGCAGACCCGUUUCCUGCGCUCACAGCAAGACCUGAAGGCAAAGUUUGAACAGCAGCAGGCAAGCGGAGAUGCUGAGGGAGAAGAGGAGGAGGAAGCAGUGCCUCAGGUUGAUGCUUAUGAGCUGCUUGAAGCUGUUGAAAUUCUCUCAAAAUUGCCUAAAGAUUUCUACGAUAAAAUCGAAGCCAAAAAGUGGCAAGAGAGAAAGGAGGCUUUGGAAGUUGUGGAGACUCUGGUCAAAAACCCAAAACUUGAGGCUGGUGACUAUGGAGAUCUUGUAAGAGCUCUUAAGAAAGUGGUUGGCAAAGACACCAAUGUACUGCUCGUAGCACUGGCUGCCAAAUGCAUAGCAGGGCUAGCUUCCGGCCUCAGAAAAAAGUUUGGCUCCUAUGCUUGCCAUGUUGUGCCAACUAUAUUAGAGAAGUUUAAGGAAAAGAAGCCUCAAGUAGUACAAGCUCUACAGGAGGCAAUUGAUGCCACAUUUCUCACAACAACACUACAGAAUAUAAGUGAAGAUAUCCUUGCUGUCAUGGAUAACAAGAACCCAUCAAUAAAGCAGCAAACUUCCCUGUUCCUUGCAAGGAGUUUCCGACACUGCACACCUUCCACCCUGCCCAAAAGUCUACUAAAGCCAUUCUGUGCAGCACUCCUGAAGCAAAUCAACGAUUCCGCACCAGAAGUGAGAGAUGCAGCCUUUGAAGCCAUGGGUACAGCUCAAAAAGUAGUUGGAGAGAAAGCAGUUAACCCCUUUCUUACUGAUGUGGACAAAUUGAAGCUUGAUAGGAUCAAAGAGUGUGCAGACAAGAUUGAAUUAUCCAGUGGCAAGAAGGCAGGAUCUGGAGAGAAGAAAGAAACCAAAGCAGCUGCUCCUGGGAAAGCAGCACCUCCACAAAGUGCAGCUAGUGAGAAAGAUACAAAAGAAGCCGCCAAAUCGGGAAUGGCACCUAAAAAACCACCACCUUCCAAGGCAGGAGGUCCUGUAAAAAAGGCUAAAGCAUCUGCGGGUGGAGCUGCUAAGGGAAAGAAGGCAGCAGAUAUGAAAGAGGUGUUUGAACAAGAGCUCUCACCUGAGGCCUGUGAAGAAAAAGCGGCAGCAGUUCUUCCUGCAACUUGCAUGCAGCAGCUGGACAGUAGUAACUGGAAGGAAAGAUUGGCAAGCAUGGAGGAAUUCCAGAAGGCUGUUGAAUCAAUGGAACGGAGUGACAUACCCUGCCAAGCACUAGUGAAAAUGUUAGCCAAGAAACCAGGUUUUAAAGAAACAAACUUCCAGGUCAUGCAGAUGAAGCUGCACAUUGUGGCUCUCAUUGCUCAGAAAGGAAACUUUUCAAAAACCUCUGCCAAUGUGGUUCUGGAUGGGCUUGUAGACAAAGUUGGAGAUGUAAAAUGUGGAGGUAAUGCAAAGGAAGCACUUAGUGCUAUUGCCGAGGCCUGUACACUACCUUGGACCGCUGAGCAGGUUGUCUCUCUGACAUUUGCACAGAAAAAUCCUAAGAACCAAUCAGAAACCCUGAACUGGCUUUCAAAUGCAAUAAAAGAGUUUGGAUUUACAGGGCUGAAUGUCAAAGCGUUCAUAAGCAAUGUAAAGACUGCUCUUGCUGCCACAAACCCUGCUAUCAGAACUUCUGCCAUCACAUUGCUGGGUGUCAUGUUCUUGUAUGUGGGGGCUCCUCUACGAAUGUUCUUUGAGGAAGAAAAGCCGGCUCUUCUCUCUCAAAUUGAUGCAGAGUUUGAAAAGAUGAAGGGACAGACUCCGCCUGCACAAACCCGUGGGUCUUCAAAGUCUGGUUCAGGAGGAGGGGAUGAUGGUGAUGAGGGUGAGGACCACGAAGAGGAUUCUCCAGCUGAUGUCAUGGAUCUUCUGCCACGGAGUGAUAUCAGUGACAAAAUUACUUCUGACCUGGUGUCAAAGAUAGGGGAUAAAAACUGGAAAAUCCGCAAGGAAGGCUUAGAUGAAGUAACAACAAUCCUUAAUGAGGCAAAGUUUAUUGUUCCUAAUAUUGGAGAACUUCCAAUUGCCCUGAAGGGUCGUCUCAAUGACUCAAAUAAGAUCCUGGUGCAACAGACCUUGGGCAUCCUGCAACAACUUGCCACAGCUAUGGGUACCAAUAUUAAACAACAUGUUAAAAACCUGGGCAUGCCUAUUAUAACUGUCCUGGGGGACAGCAAGGCAAAUGUGAGAGCAGCAGCACUUUCAACACUAAAUUUGUGGCUGGAGCAAACAGGUAUGAAGGAAUGGUUAGAAGGAGAAGAUCUCUCAGAAGAACUGAAAAGAGAGAACCCUUUUCUUAGACAAGAGCUCCUUGGAUGGCUGGCAGAGAAGCUUCCUACCUUGCGCACAGUACCCUCAGAUCUACAGCUCUGUCUCCCUUAUCUGUAUGCCUGCCUUGAAGACCGUAAUGGUGAUGUACGUAAGAAAGCACAGGAAGCUCUGCCCAUGUUCAUGAUGCACAUCGGAUUUGAAAAGAUGUCUAAAGCAACUGGUAAACUCAAGCCUGCAUCUAAAGACCAGGUCCUUGCUAUGCUGGAGAAGGCUAAAGCCAGCAUGCCUGCUAAACCUGCCCCACCAGCAGGCAAGACCUCUUCCAAACAAACAGGAGGUUCAGCUCAAGCUCCAGCACCUGUUUCUGCCCCUUCAGUUGCUGUGUGUGAUUCUGGACCACCUGCUUCAGAGAGCAAGCCCGACCCAAAGAAAACUAAACCUGGUGCCCCAGUAUCUAAAGGAAAGGUUGUACCUGCAAAGAAAGUGCCAACUAAACCAGCAGCAAAGGAUGAAGAAGACAAAUCUGGCCCCAUUUACAUAAUUGUUCCCAAUGGGAAGGAGCAGAGGGUAAAAGAGGAGAAGGCACUAAAGGUCUUAAAAUGGAAUUUUCCAGCCCCUCGUGAUGAGUACAUCGAACAGCUAAAAACUCAAAUGUCUACGUGUGUUGCAAAAUGGCUGCAGGAUGAGCUGUUUCAUUCUGACUUCCAGCGCCAUAUAAAGGCCAUGGCUGUGAUGACUGAUCGCUUGGAAACAGAGAAGGAAGGUGUCAUAAGCUGCUUGGACAUCAUUCUUAAAUGGUUUACCUUGCGUUUCUUUGACACAAAUACAAGUGUCUUGAUGAAGGUCCUGGAAUACCUGAAGCUACUGUUUGCCAUGCUUAGCCAAGAGGAAUACCAUUUUACCGAACUAGAAGCCAACUCAUUCAUCCCUUACCUGCUGUUGAAGGUAGGCGAGCCAAAAGAUAUUGUACGAAAGGAUGUGCGUGCCAUUUUGAACAAAAUGUGCCAGGUGUACCCAGCUAGCAAGAUGUUUAACUUUGUGAUGGAAGGGAUAAAGUCUAAAAACUCCAAGCAAAGAGCUGAGUGCCUGGAGGAGCUUGGCUGCUUGGUUGAAUCCUAUGGUGUGAAUGUUUGUCAACCAACACCUGCCAAAGCUCUGAAGGAGAUUGCUGUACACAUUGGGGAUAGAGAUACCACCGUGCGUAAUGCUGCUCUUAAUACCAUUGUGGCUGUGUACAAUGUGCAUGGAGAGCAAGUCUUCAAGCUCAUAGGAAAUCUGUCGGAGAAAGACUUGAGCAUGCUAGAGGAGAGGAUAAAACGUGCUGGUAAGAAGCAGUCUGUGGCUGCUCCACCUAAACAACCAGAAGAGAAACCUCAGCGUGUUCAGAGUGCCAAUGCCAGUCUGCUGCGAAAAGCACCUGCUGAAGACAUGUCUUCCAAACUGAAUCAAGCUCGGAACAUGGGAGGACACCCCGAACCUACUCACUCAGUUCCAAGAGAAUUCCAGUUAGAUUUGGAUGAAAUUGAAAAUGAUAAUGGCACGGUGAGGUGUGAGAUGCCAGCACUGGUUCAGCACAAACUGGAAGAUAUAUUUGAACCAGUCCUGAUCCCAGAACCAAAGAUUCGGGCUGUAUCCCCACACUUUGAUGACAUGCAUAGUAACACUGCUUCUACUAUCAAUUUUGUGAUAUCACAAGUUGCCAGUGGUGACAUCAAUACCAGUAUACAAGCUUUAGCUCAGAUUGAUGAAGUUUUGCGUCAGGAGGAUAAGGCAGAAGCAAUGUCGGGUCAUAUAGAUCAGUUCCUGAUUGCCACCUUCAUGCAGCUGCGUCUCAUAUACAACACUCACAUGGCGGAUGAGCGGCUGGACAAAGAUGAUAUUGUUCGUCUCUACAGCUGUAUCAUUGGCAACAUGAUAUCGCUUUUUCAAAUGGAAAGUCUGGCCCGGGAGGCUUCCACAGGAGUUCUGAAGGACUUGAUGCAUGGUCUCAUCACCCUAAUGCUCGACUCCAGGGUGGAAGAUUUAGAAGAGGGACAACAAGUGGUGCGUUCAGUGAACCUUCUUGUGGUUAAAGUGCUAGAGAAGUCAGACCAGACUAAUAUAUUGAGUGCUCUUCUGGUGCUUCUUCAAGACAGUCUACUAGCUACAGCCAGCUCACCAAAGUUCUCAGAGCUUGUCAUGAAGUGUCUGUGGCGGAUGAUUCGACUCCUCCCAGAAGCCAUCAAUAACAUAAAUCUGGACAGAAUUCUGCUGGAUAUCCAUAAUUUCAUGCGAGUCCUACCGAAAGAGAAGCUAAAGCAGCACAAGAGUGAGCUUCCAAUGAGGACACUGAAAACACUGCUGCACACUCUGUGCAAACUUAAGGGCCCAAAGAUCAUGGAUCACUUGAAUAUGAUCGAAAAUAAACAUGAGUCUGAGCUGGAGGCUCAUCUCAUGAGAGUAAUGAAGCACUCCAUGGACGGCACCGGUUCGAAGUCUGACAAGGAAACGGAGAAAGGAGCGUCCCGCACGGAGGAAAAAGUUUCAAAAGCAAAUGUUAGUGACUUCCUGGCUGAGAUUUUUAAGAAGAUUGGGUCUAAAGAGAACACAAAGGAGGGUUUGGCAGAGCUGUAUGAGUACAAGAAACAAUACUCUGAUGCUGACAUUGAACCUUUCCUCAAGAACACCUCCCAGUUCUUCCAGAGCUAUGUGGAACGUGGUCUCCGUCUCAUUGAGAUGGAGCGGGAAGGAAAGGCUCGCAUUACCUCCUCUACAGGUAUAACUCCACAUGUGACAGAAAUAAAUACUGGUCCACCAGUAACCAGUAGUGUUCCACCUGCUACAAAUACUAAUGGAGAGGAAGUGGGACCUUCUGUCUACCUGGAGAGGCUGAAAAUCCUGCGUCAGAGGUGUGGGCUCGAUAAUGCCAAGCAGGAUGAGAGGCCUCCCCUCAGCUCCCUGCUCUCAAAGACCUCUACCCCAUCAGUGGUGUCCUCCACAGACAUGCUACACAGUAAACUCUCUCAACUCCGAGAAUCGCGUGAACAGUUCCAGCACUUGGAUCUAGACUCCAACCAGACUCUUGCCAGCACCACAUCAUCCACCUCUUCCUUGGCCACUACAACGAAUAUCGACGACUUGAAAAAGAGACUGGAAAGGAUUAAAAGCAGUCGGAAGUGAUUAACCUGCACUAAACCUUAUGCUGCUGUCUCUUCCUUUUACACUCUCUAGGAGUCUCGUUUUUGGCUCAGUGGCUUUGUCUAGGCCUAUUGUAAACUAUUGUUUUAUGUAUCAUAUUGUGCAUUUCUUUGUUCUGGGGAAGGAGAGCAACAUCUACUGUGGCUGAGUAUUUGUAAAUAUAUAUAUUGCUGUUCUAACUCCCCUAUGUGUUUUAGUGUACAGACUGUCUACUUGUUCUAUACCUAACUUUUUUUUUGUCUGGUUUUAAUUGUCCAUUUCCAUGGCUCUUAUAUUUGUAGCUCCGUGGCUGUUUUGACUUGCUUUUAAUUUAACAUAAAGCAGUGGAUCUCUGAUUCUGUAGGGAAUCUUAAGGCAUGGCAUGAAAAUGUUUUUGUAAAUAAAGUUUGAAAUAAGUGAA